UACGCUACCAAACAAACAUCUAUAAAAGCGUUUUCUUUGCAGAUACUGCUCUCUUAGAUUCCAUCUCUCUCUUUCCCUUUCAUAGCAUUUUCUUUCAAAUCUCAGAUCUCUGUAAACUUCCUCCGUAACGAAAAUGUUCUCCAUCGCUGGAUCUUCGGUUUACAUGCCGUCUAUCUCCGCUUCUUUCAAGCACAGCCAGGUGUCUAACGGCAGGAUCUCAGGUUUGAAAUUAGUUUCGGCGCCUUUAGGCAAGGCCAUUUUUCCCUUGCGAAGGAACUUCAGGCAGGGAAGCCUUCAGGUUUGCUGUGCGGCUAAACCAGAGACCAUGGACAAGGUGGUUAAAAUCGUGAAGAAACAGCUUGCUCUAGAUGAGGAUUCUGUGGUCAAUGGAGAAUCAAAAUUUUCUGAGCUCGGAGCUGAUUCUCUCGAUACGGUUGAGAUCGUGAUGGGACUGGAAGAGGCAUUUAAGAUCAACGUGGAAGAAGAGAGCGCCCAAACCAUCACCACCGUCCAAGAGGCCGCCGAUAUGAUCGAGACUAUUAUUUCAAAGGACGGACCGAAGCCCGCAGCCUAAAUCUAAUUUCGUAGUUCCGCCCGUAUUUUAGAUCUCUCUCUGGAUUUUGGUAGCUUCUCUUUCUUUCUUUCUAUCCACGUUCUUUUCCUUUUCAAACUUCUUAGAAACGUUUUCUGCGUGGCCUCACUUCCACUUCGUCCUUAUUUAUAUUUUCCUUGAUUAUUGAGUUUCUGGGAAACCUCCAUUUAUUUCUUA